AUGGCUUCAUACUUCCAGCAUCAUGCCUCCCCCCAGGUCUGGGACUACCUGGAGCAGAUGGGCGCCGACUGGACCCACGAAUCUUCAUUUCUCUCCAAUGAUACCGCAAAGGCAGGAGAACUCACCUGGGGAUCUCAGCUUGACUUCUUCCCCAAGCAGAAACCAGCAUCUGCUCGUCCCCGUUCGCUAAAGAGAGAGCCCAGUGAUGUCUCCAGGGGCUAUCGAAGCGAGUUCCUGACUCGCCGUGACAGCGUCGGUCGAGGAAGAAGUGUCUCCGGCUCCAGCUUCAGCUCCAUGGCCACCAGCUCAGGCCAGAGCUGCAGCCCAACAAGACACGAUGGGCCUACCGACUUGAGCUCCGUCAUCCAAAACCUCAGCUCCCAGCUCGGCUUCGACCUGAACGAAACCUUCAACUGCGCAAAGAAAUACAGUAAGCCCGUAAAGUCGGCCCAGUCUACGCCGACCUCUACUCCGGUGGCCGCUUCUCCAAAGAUCAAAGCCGCCAAACCAUCCAGCGUCCGCCAUGAAUUCGUCGUCCAGGUUCCACAUGUGCAGAAGCCGGCGACUACCGUCGAGUAUGACACUAUGAUGUCAGCUAUGAACGCCCCUAUCGCAGUUGCAGAGCCAAAGACUGCCUGCGAGAACGCCCAACCCAAGGGAGCAGAAAAGCAGAUUAAAAGAACGCGCAAGGUAUCUUUUGCCGAAGCCAUCCAGGAAUUGCCCGCUGCAACGGAACCAGAGACGGAACCAGAGAUGAUCCUCGACGAUGGUGUGAGCGACAGUGAGAGCGACAGUGACAGUGUGCCCGACGCAGUCUUCCUGAAUGUGGAAAUGGAGACUCCAAGGGCGCCUCGUGUACGCCAUGUGGAGAUUCGAGACGCUGAGGAAGAAGAGAAGGACUAUAUCACCAUCUAUCACUGUUGA